CAUCUUACACGGUCACGGCUGUCGGCACUGAGUACGGUGACCGCGGCGUUAGAGGUUAGGAAGCAUGGGAGCAAACAGCAACUUUCUUGAUAAAGCGAUCGAUCUUGUACAGAAGGCUAUCGACGAAGAUGUCGCGCAGAAUUAUGCCGAGGCCUAUAAACUAUACCAGAACGCGUUGGAUUACUUCAUGAUGGCGCUGAAGUAUGAGAAGAACGACAAGCUCAAAGAGCUCAUCAAGAACAAGCUGAAAGAGUACCUCGACCGAGCAGAGCGACUAAAGGAGCACCUCGCCCAAGCGCAGGAAAAGCGUCAGCGCAGCGCUAUGGGUGCGGAUGGGAAGUCCACGGGUGGUGGUGGUGGAGCGGGGAAGAACAAAGACGACGAUGACGAUCCGGACACGAAGAAGCUGCGUGCCGGUCUAUCGGGCGCUAUUCUUACCGAAACACCCAACGUGCGAUGGGAUGAUGUUGCUGGUCUCGAAGCUGCGAAGGAGGCGCUCAAGGAGGCGGUUAUCUUGCCGAUCAAGUUCCCGCACUUGUUUACUGGCAAGCGCACGCCCUGGCGCGGAAUCCUGUUGUAUGGUCCACCAGGGACGGGAAAGAGUUUCCUGGCGAAGGCGGUGGCUACCGAGGCGAAGAGCACCUUCUUUAGUGUUAGUAGCUCAGAUUUGGUCAGCAAGUGGAUGGGCGAGAGUGAGAGAUUGGUCAAACAACUCUUCACGAUGGCGCGUGAAUCGAAACCGUCAAUUAUCUUCAUCGACGAGGUCGACUCGCUCUGCGGCACGCGUGGAGAGGGCGAGUCGGAGGCCUCGCGCCGUAUCAAGACCGAAUUCCUCGUCCAAAUGGACGGUGUGGGGAAAGACGGUGGUGGGGUGCUCGUCCUGGGUGCGACCAACAUCCCCUGGAUGCUGGAUCCGGCAAUCAAGCGUAGGUUCGAGAGGAGAAUAUACAUCCCCCUGCCAGGGCCUGAGGCGAGGCGGCGGAUGUUUGAGCUCAAUAUUGGCACGACGCCGAAUGUGCUGGUGAAGGACGAUUACAGAACGCUCGCGGAGAAGACUACUGGGUACUCUGGCUCCGAUAUCGCCAUCGUCGUACGCGACGCACUGAUGGAACCUGUGCGGAAAGUCCUUUCCGCAACCCAUUUCAAGUCUGUCCAAGUGCCUAAUCCGUCUCCCCCUCCGAGCGAAAUCGCAAAAUGGACACCCUGUUCGCCCGGAGACCCAGACGCAGUCGAGAAAAGCUGGGGCGAUGUGGAAGCCGACGAGCUGCUCGAACCCGUUCUAGGCUUGAACGACUUUGUACGGGCAGUGCAAGCGGUGCGUCCCACGGUGACGGACGAAGAUGUGAGGCGACAGAUGGAAUGGACGAACGAGAGCGGUGAGUCGGCUAUGUGAGAUUGUUCCCGGGCUUGCAGGGCUGAUAAGGCCCGGGGACGGGAUCAAGGGCUGGAUGGCGCCUGAUUGCAGCAGAGGCGUUCCAGCCAGGUUUUUCCCAUGCAUGGGGGAGUGAACGAGGGCGAGAGAUUUAUUGGCAGAGAGUGGACUGAGGGCGCGGGGCAUGUACUGUACACCCUGUUUGGGCACUGUACGACUAGCAGGAACAUUCAUACUUAUUGUUCGGAA